CAUCUUAAAGCUGCCAAGGUUGAGAAACACUAAUCUGUAGCCCCAUGGAAGAGUACUCCCUGCUGUGCUAAGGCUGGGAAGGACUCCCGUCUGAAACCUGGAAAACUGUUGCCAGUGAACACUUGGAAUCAGGCAGCUUCACAUGUUCCAUGUUUCUCUGAGUGUUUGCAAAGCUGGUGGAUAAAAGGGAAUACCAUUAAAACGGGUGAAGAACCUACAGCCCUCCAGAUGUUGCUGACCCACAUUUGCAACCUCCCUCCACAGUGCCUGUGUUGGCUGAGACCUGGAUUUCUGCAACAGCUGAAGAAGUGUCAACACAGGCCUGACCAGUGGCUGAAUGGGAGCAUGGACUGUUGAGGCAUGACACCCGAGUCCCUCAGCGUCUGGUCCUCCAGCCUUUGGGCUCAGUGACGCCAUGGCCCACCACAAUGUCAGUUUCCAGCCUGAAUCCUCAAUCCCACACUCAGAUCACAAGGAGGAAGCAGUGGAUUGCAAGGAAGAAACUGCCGAGCCCAGCCCCUUGGACUGCGUUAUCUGCUUCACCUCUUAUGACCAGCUCUUCAAACUGCCAAAGGAGCUGAGCUGUGGUCACAUCUUCUGCCUGGAGUGCCUGGCCCGCAUCAAUGUCUCUUCAGAAGAUGUCAAUGCCAUCACCUGCCCUGUCUGCCGGGCACCCACUGCCUUGCCCUCCCGCAAGGGCCUGCCGGGCCUCCCCACUCGCCGUGACCUGCUGGAGCAGCUCGCCUCAAUGCCGGUGCCCCCUGGCUCAGUGCGCUUUGAUCGUCGGCGGGGUUUGCUCUACCUGCCAGGGGGGAGUAAACGUGGGGCUCAAGUUGGGUCGAAGCCGGGGCCACCCCUCAACACUGUCAGCUUGAGUGUAGAUGUUGGGAGGCCUCCACCCCCGGGAUCAGCCCGGAGACUGGCCCUCUCGGGUUGGCCGUUCUAUGUCGCUCUAGCAGUUGCUUUGCUAGUCACGGUUGCCUUGGUGGUCUGUGGCAUCUAUAUCUUUAUGAUGCCUUCUAUGUACAUUUCAGUGGGAGGAUUUCCCCAAGGAAAUCACAGUUUAGAGUCUGGGGGGAACCAGUCCUAUUCAACAAGGUUUCCCCCACACUAACACUAAGAGAUGGGCUUCCUGCCCUUCAGGCGUCCACUUGAUGUGAUUGUGUUGCUGAUAGUUUCAGAUUCUCCAGAAACUCCCUGGCCGCCUCCAGUUGCUGGCGUAGGAUGGAUGGGAAGAUAAAGCUUAACUCUGCCUGCUAAUCCUUUUCAUCUCUGGAGGCUGUUGCACCAGACUUUACUGGCGAAUUGCCGCUUGGACUUCUGCUGGAACUUCCCUCACAGCCACCCACCUGUGUAUUAUCUUUAGGUUGCGUGAAAAGGAGAGACUGAUAUUGCCCCUUCACCAUUUUAUUGCCCACAGGAGCAGGGUGGUGGGAAAACACAGCAUGUUACAACUUCUCGGUGAACAUACUAAUCCACCUUAAUUGUUAUCUUGGCAGAGAUGCACCAUGCUGUUAAAAUGUUGACAGCCUUCCUUAACCUGGUGCCCUCCAGACAUGCUGGUUUAUUAUCUCCAUCCUCUCCAGGAAGUUGUGGGUGCCAGACUGGAGAAUAUCACUCCAGAUGAGGGGAGCAACAUUUCAGGUGACCAAGCAACUGCCAGCCUGAAACUCUUUCUUCAGUCAGAAAUUUAAUUCAGCACAGAAUAUGAUGGGGUAAAACUCUUAGAAAACAUGCUUAGAGAGAAGCAAAUGAAGAAGGCCUUUGCACUGCCCUCUCUCCUGAACAGCUGGUGGAAUCCACUCUGCGGUUCUGCUUCACAGCUGGAUCUGGCACUUCCCUUCCUGGGAUUGAGGAUUCUUUGGCAAGGGGUCCUUCUCCCUGGCAGCUGCACUUUCACCGUUCUUGCUUUGUAUCCUCUUCUCCUGGGCCCAGGCCACACUCCUUGCAGGAGCAGAAGCAACUUGGCAGAGAAAUCCACUUGAUUGUGGUGGUCAGCAGUGGGCACCUUGCCAAAGAUACCAAGGUGAGAUUAAUCAUUGAUGCUGCUCUGAAGUUCUGGCCAGCAUGAAUACAGGUCUCAAGUCUUGUGGAUCACAAUAGCCUAAUGAAGGACAGUGUGGAGAAUCACCUCUGGCUUCUUGCUUGUUCUGCUACCUCAUGUUCCUCUGAUCUUCUGUGGCCUGGACAGCUGUGUGGCAAGUGGGAAUCCAACUAGCCAAGGUUUUCCUAACAUCAGAGGUGUAGUAAAGGGAGGGGGCUUUACCUGCUCUGAACUCCUUGCUGUGUAGCUAAAGGCACGAGACUGGUAUUUAGGAAGGUGGGAGAGAAGCAGGGGGUGGGAAGGAGCCUGCCCAAAGACAGCCUAUGGUUUGGGCUUGGAGGUUUUAUCUCCAGAACCAUAUUUCUUAGUGGAUUAUGGCUAUGAUUAUGGCUAGGAAAAAAAAAGACAUCCUGCUUUGUGCCUGUGCCUCUAAUAGCAGCAGAAAAUGCACAGAUCAGCAGAUAAAGUAGGAAGCAGUUAUGGGCAAUUAAUACAGGUCAGAUUACUGUAUGAAAUGCAACAGGAAGGAUUGGUUAGGGAAGGAAGAAUGACAGUAAAAUUUUGCACUCUUCAAGUUUUGUGCCUUAGAAAUUACUCUCCAUUUUUGCUUUUUUUUUUUUUGGCCACCUCUGCAUCAGGAGCACCUCAUUCUCAGAUGCCCCUCAAAGCUGUUUCACCAUCCUGCAUGGGAACUCUGCUCUAUUGGAAAAAUAAUACUAAUUUUUAAAAAUAUUGGCCAGCUGUUUAGAACAGUAUUUGUGAUAAGGAAAUUUAGAAUUGAAAUCCAAAAGCCUAGAAUUCUAUGCCCACUGUCCUAAGAAAUGUAAUCUUUUUUAAUGUUUUGUCUGCAAUCACAAAUAACCAUUAAAAGACUUUCACAGAUUUCCUAAGAAUGUA